GAAAUGCCGGCUGGAAAAUAGGAAGUCAUUUUUAACAUAUAAAUAUGUACAAAACAUGCCUUAAACAGGGGGUUGGACCAGAGGGCUUGCAUGGCCCCUUCCAGCUCUUUGAUUGCAUGAUUCAUGGCCUGUGUGAGCCCAGGGAGAAUUCCCUCUCGCCCACUGGCUGCUGAGCCUGGCUACUGAUGGCUGCUGCAGCACUCUUGAUUCUCCAAGGAGUAGGGGGUGGCGCUUUCUGUGUGGUGCCUCAUCCUGGUUGGGCAGUAUGGUGGAAAUGGGGUGGGCAGUUGUGGCCCAGGCCUAGGAUGCAUUAUGGCCUGAGCCUCAGGCACAGGCCCGGACCCUACUUGCUUCCAGGUCUGGGUUUGUUUGUUUGUUUUGAAACUGCACCCUCUUGCCUAAUCACCCAGAGUUAGAAUCGUAGGCAGGGGAGCCACGACCUGUAUUUCCAAGCUGCAGAACUACCUGCCAGAUGUCAAAAGAGUGUGACUGUACCUCCCCCCAUGGGGCGAGCACAUCCAAGAAAAGGCAGCAGCAGCAGCAGCUCCUGGCCCCCAGCCAGCCUAAUAUCUCACCCAGGGUGUCUGUUGGCAAGGGGGCAAAGGUGGCAUUUAUAAGACAAACAGCCAGGACACUCCCAGAUGCCGCCGCUGCCACCACCCCACGCCCCAGCACCCAGUGGUGCGGCAGAGCCCUCCUGUCGCAUAUAAGCCGCCCUCCGCCCAGGGGGCCCACUCUGCCUCGCCAUGUGUACAGGCGCCUGCUCCAAAGUGGUGGGCGCUGCUCUCUGGCCCUUUGCCCUCCUGUGCAUGGUGGCCAACCUUCUCCUGGCCUUUCCCAACUGGAAAACAGAGUAUGUUCAGAACCGAGGCCAGCACCUGACUCCGGAGGUCCUCUACCUGGGGGGGAUCAUAGGAGGUGGAAUCAUGAUCCUGGUGCCAGCCAUCCACAUCCAGGCCACGGGGCGUCGAGGAUGCUGUGGGAACCGCUGUGGGAUGUGCCUCUCAGUGCUGUUUGCGGCCAUAGGGCUUGCUGGCUCCCUGUAUGCUUUGAGCGUCUCAGUGCUGGGACUCCUGCGGGGGCCCCUCUGCCAGUACCAACUGGACAACGGGACUUUGUCUGACUGGGGACGCCCCUUCUGGAAGGAAGAGCAGAGCUUCAGCAACGACAGCUACCUCUUUGACCGUGACCUUUGGGACCUCUGCCGGGUGCCAGAGGGGGUCACUGAGUUCAACGUGAUCCUCUUCUCGCUCAUCCUGGGCUCCAGUGCGGUGGAGCUGGUCCUUUGCGGCAUCCAAGUGGUCAACGGCCUCUUCGGCUGCCUGUGUGGGACCUGCAGCCAGGAGAAACCCCCGCAGACCCACUACUGACGUGGUGACCACCGAGCCCCUCGCUGCUGCCGCUGCUGCUGCUCCUCUCAGUCCAGCGUCUCCACAGAAGACCCCCACCCCGUCAUCGCUCCGGCCCCCGUCUGCCUCCCCCCUAAGAGCCCGGCCAGGACAACUGGGCAGGACUGGCGCUUGCCCCUCUCCUAUCUGGCCACACCUGUCAGUUGGGACAGCCACAGCAGAGAUAAGGGGAAUCAAAGGUUAGCAGGAAGGAGCUUCAGCUUCUUGGCACGGGACCCUGUGCCGCCGCUGCCCCCCCCCCCCGCCCCCCAUUUCCCUCCCACAGCACGACUGGCCACUCAGCAGGGCAUUGCUCUCCUGGGAGACCCCCUGAGCAGCAGAGCAGGGCUGGGUAGCUUGUACUCAAUGUGGCUUCGACUACAGGAAACAUUUCCAGCCCAUUGCACUGAUCAGAACUCACCUACAUGAGCAAUGUUGUUUAAAAACAAAUAAACAGCUGGACCGAUUAAACUGUAAA